AUGACUCUCAUUAAGCUCCCCUCCGGAUCGGACCUGAAGGGCCACAAGCUCGUUCUAUACGCCCCUCGACCAACUCCACCAGAGGCUGUAGCGCAUCUCAAGGCCAAAUUCCCAGGCCUCGAGAUUGCUGUCUACCACAAGCAGUUCUUCGACACCGACCCUUAUCAGGACAUUUCCCGGGAAGAAUGGAAGAAUGUGACAAUCUUGGUCACGGGCUCCAUGAUCCCUGAUCCGGAGGCCGUGCCCAAAUUGCAGUACGUGCAGCUCUUCAGCGCCGGAGCGAACCACGUCGUGAACAAGCCCCUGUUCCAAGAGACAGAUGUCGCCCUCUGCACGGCCAACGGAGUGCAUGGUCCUCAGAUUGCCGAAUGGGUCAUCUCAACCUUUUUAGCACACCAGCAUCAGAUUCCUCGCUACCUUGAACAGCAGCGCGAGGAGAAAUGGAACAGAGCCGACGACGAGGAGACAGAAGAUGCCGUGGGGCGAACAGUCGGAAUCCUUGGGUAUGGAAGCAUCGGCCGCCAAGUCGCUCGCGUCGCCAAGGCCCUCGGCAUGAACAUCCACGCCUUCACAAACCACCCGCGCAACACUCCAGAGUCGCGCCGGGAUGAGUCCUACACACCAGAGGGCCUGGGCGACCCGGAGGGUAUCUUCCCCAGCAAGUGGUUCUCCGGCGACCUCCACACCUUCCUCUCAUCCGGCCUGGACCUGCUGGUCAUUUCCGUACCGCUGACACCCAAGACUCACCAUCUGCUGGGCCGGGCUGAAUUCCAGGCUCUCGCGGGGCGCCGUACCUUUGUGUCCAACAUUGCGCGUGGGCCAAUCGUCAAGACGGACGACUUGAUCGAGGCUCUGGACGCGGGCACGAUCCGAGGCGCGGCGCUGGACGUGACUGACCCGGAGCCGCUGCCGACAGGACACCCUCUAUGGAAGGCCAAGAAUGUCAUCAUCACUCCCCAUGCGAGUGGCGCGUCGACGGCGUAUUAUGAGAGAGUGUUGAAGAUUCUUGAGCUGAACCUUGGCCGAUUGUCGAGGGGAGAAGAGCUCACGAACAAGGUAGAUAGAAAGGAGGGCUACUGA